UUGCAAUACUUCUCGACAGACACGGACGUUGGUCUCAGCGACAGAGAUCUAGCAGAGCUUCAGAUGGCAUCCUCGCAAACCUUCAUCUGGCCUGAAAUUAUGGUGAUGGCCGGCACCACCCUCUUGUACAUGUUUGGCGCAACGGCGCUGUACACUCUUCUUCGGUACUUCAUUCGCGACGACACUCCAUACCCCGGUUUUCCAUUGAUAGGUAAGCUAUCCGGGGAUUGGUUUGGUACAAAGACCCGUGCGAGAUGGGACGAAGACGCGAUUGAAAUCUUGAAGGAGGGAGACCGAGUGACCGAAGGACGCCCUUUCCAGAUUCUUUCUUCAUUCGGUCCGUGUAUUGUUUUGCCGAAAGAAUAUUGCAAUGAGAUACGAAACGAUUCCCGGCUCUCAUUCCGCGGGUUCAUCGAGCGCCAAGCACUGGUCCAGUACCCAGGCCUCGACGUGAUUCACACGGGAGUAGAAGGCGAUAUCAUUCAGGAUACGAUCAGGAAGAAUCUCAAUCAAGCUCUCGGUGGAAUGACUGCCUCUUUAUCUCAAGAGUGCGCUUUGGUGGUGGCUGAGAGUCUUCCACAGAGCAAAGACUGGAAGCAAACAAAGUUCAUCAUGGCAUCGACGAACAUCGCAGCCCGUCUUUCGGCUUUGGUCUUCUUAGGCGAGCGUCUUUGCCACCGCCAGGACUGGAUAGAUACUUCGAUCCGGUUCACGGUCGUCAUGAUGAGAUCUCAGGCGGCGCUCCGUGCCUGGCCGGUGUUCAUGCGUCGUAUUGUUUGCUACUUUCUCCCCGAGCUCAUCUAUCUACGACAGCUCAUCCGCCAAGCCAGGGAUAUCAUCGAGCCAGAGUUGGCAUAUCGCCGAGCUAGUCGCGCCGAGGUGGUGAAGCCGCAGGAUUCUCUAUCUUGGCUUGAUGAUGUGCGGCAAGGCAGACCAUUCGACGUCGUUUCCGGGCAACUCUUCCUCACGGUGGCAGCAAUCCACACCACCUCAACUGUUCUUACUGCGACGAUGUACGACUUAAUCUCGAACCCAGCUUAUAUCGGCUUACUCCGCGAGGAAAUCGUCCGAGUUUACAACGAAGAUGGGGGCUGGAAGAAGACAAGUCUCUACAAGUUGAAGCUCAUGGACAGCUGUAUGAAGGAGAGUCAGCGUCUCAACAUUCUUGGGCCAAACAUGAUGAACCGCUACGCUGAAGCCGAUGUGACAUUGUCAGACGGAACAUUCAUACCAAAGGGUUCACACAUCACGAUCCCGACAUUUCACAUGCGCGAUCCAGAUGUCUUUGGAUCCAACGCCGAUGAGUUCGACGGAUAUCGAUUCUUGCGGAUGCGGGACGAACCUGGUCAAGAGAACAAGUGGCAGUUCGUCAGUACAUCGCCAGAGUUCUUGAGCUUCGGCCACGGAAAACAUGCUUGUCCUGGUCGAUUCUUCGCCAGCAACGAGAUCAAGAUUGCUCUCAUCCACCUGCUGCUCAAGUAUGACUGGGAUAUCGUUGGGUUGAAACCAGGAAGCGCCGUCAAAAGCAGGUUUGUUCCGAACCCCGAGACACUCAUCCAGUACAGGUCGAGGACGCCAGAGAUUGAAAUUUAG